AUGAUAUUAAUCUUUGCCAUCAUCAUCGUCAUUUCAAAUGCUGUUAUUGAUCCAAUCACAGUUGAGAAUUGCAAAUGGGCUCCAACAUAAUACAAAUUAGCUCAUCAAAAUGAAGCCACAACAGAGAAUGUGGAAUUCACAUAUUUCACAAUUUGCAAGUCUUUGAAUCAGAAACUAGUCAUUGACUUUUUCAAUGUUGAUUCAAACAUUGAUGCUCCUCUGACGAAUUGCAAUGAUCCAUUAUUUCAACAUGACGUCGAUGAAAUUUUCAUUGGAACUAAGACAGAAUAUUUAGAAAUUGAAGUCUCUCCAAAUGGAGCUUUGUUCUAUGCAACUAUAGGCAAUCCAAAUGGAAGUUGUACCAAUUUGAUAACCACUUAUAAAUAAUGUGAUGAGAUAUCCUAUUUUGCUGAAUUUGUCACACCAACUGCUUGGAAUGCUCACAUCGAAUUACCCAUUUCUAUGUUCACCUAACCCCUUUAUGCCAACUUCUUUAGAGUAAAUAAGAUGAAAGAUCGUUCCACUCAUUAUAUGAGUUACAAUCCUAUCAAUGCAACACCUGCUUGUUUCCAUAGACCCGAUAAAUUCGUUUAAUUGAUAGUGUGA